UGAGCCCAUUUCGAGAGAGCCAUGCCCAGCGGGUACCUCGAGAAGCAAGCGGCGGUCCCGAUGAUGCUUCGCCGCCAUGGCGACGUCACGCCCAAGCCGCGCGGCCACGCGCUCGGCCAGCACACGCCAGCGUACGUCUACGUGCGCGAGCUCGAGGUGCCAGCGCCGUCAAUGGCGCCGAUCACGGUCUUUGACAGCUCCAAGUCCAAGGUGCCCAACUUCAUCGCACUCGACAAGAAGGUGCUGCGCUUCGAAGGCUACUUUCUCGAGGCUGUCCACGAGAGCAACCUCGAGAACUACCGCGUCCGCAAGUGCAUUAUCCUCUACUACCUCGAGGACGACACGAUCCAGAUCAUUGAGCCCAAGGUCGAGAAUAGUGGCAUUCUCCAAGGCAACUUUGUCAAGCGCCACAAAAUUCCCAAGCCCGAGUCGGACGAGCAGGGCGACAUGACCUACUACACCCACGACGACUUGGAGAUUGGCGCCGAAGUUACGUUCUACGGCCGCACCUUCCACGUGCAGUCGGCCGACAAGUUUACGAUGGACUAUCUCCAAGAGCACGGGCGGCGCCAGCGCCGGGACCUCGUGACGCCGCGGGACGCGUACACGGAGGCCCGGAAGGCGCACAUGGCGCGCGAGUCGGGCACCGACAUGGACGCCAACUACGGCAAGAAGCAGUAUCCGAUGAAAGAGUUUAUGGAGGCGAGUCUUGGCAAGUUUGCACGGCCAACCGACCACCGCAAGCGCUUCAACGACCACGACCGCCACGUGCUCCGGUGGUUUGCGCUCUGGGACGACACGUCCAAGCUCUACGGCACCAAGCAUCGAUACACGAUUCAUUUCUUCUUGGCCGACAAUACCGUCGAGAUCCGCGAAUCGUACGAGCGCAACUCGGGCUGCGACCCGUUCCCAAAGCUGCUCAACCGCAGCCGCCUCUUGCUGCAGCCAAAACUCGAGGGACCAUUUGCCACGGCGCUCUCGCCCUCGGACGAACGGACGCCAGAAGGCGACUUUUUCAGCUGGGAACACCUCUUUGUUGGGAGCUACAUCAACAUUUACAACCGCAACAUCUUGCUCUUGGAUGCGGACGAGAGCACGCGCGAGUGGUACAAGGACCACGGGAUCAACGUUGGGCCGGCCUUGGUCGUCCAAGAAACCAAGCCCAAGCCGCCAGCAUUUGUACCGCCGCCGCACAACGGCAUGGGCUCGGACAUUGACUCGCUCGGGUCGUGCUACCAUCUCACGCCAAAGCCACACCGCAAGUCGAUGGAGGAGACAGACAACAAGAUCAUUUUGCGCUUUUGCGCAGCCAUGGACACGACAAAGCCCGAGGACGUGCACCGGCGGUUCAUUGUGAGCUUUAUGAUCUGCGACCUCUCGGUCAUGAUCAUGGAGCCGCCCCAGCGCAACAGCGGCAUUGGUGGCGGCAAGUUCAUGGAGCGCGGCGUGCACAAAAACCCACUCACGGGCGCGUUUUUUCAAAAACCCGACUUUUACGUCGGCGCCCGCAUCCACCUCGUGGGCCGUGUCUUCCUUCUCGACAACAUGGACGAGUACUCGGCCAAGUACAUGGAGACCAACGUCAUCGACUUUCCUUUUGCGGACCGCAAGAAGGUGACCGCCAAGAUCUUAGCCGCGCUGCGCGCAACCCCAACCCUUGUGGCCAAGGUGCGCGGACAGAAGGAGCUGAGUGUGGCCGAGGCGACCCACUGGCUUCUGGGUUUGGAUGUGGUCCACCAUGAAGUUAUUGCGUUCGUUCGCGCCUUUAUGAGCGACGAAGGACACUUGGACGUGGCUCAGGUCCUCGCCCAGCUGCAAUAAGUUUGGAGUAGAUGCUAUACAUUCGAAUACAAAUUACGACUUUAGACGAGCA